UCAUACCAACAACAAGAAUUUCUCCAGGAGCCAAUGAUUUCAGAGUUUCGAAGCAGAUGGCCAGCACUGUUUGAAGUUGGUGAAGUCAACUUGGAGUUCAUGCGCAUAACGACAGUUCCUCUGACAUCCAAAUUCAUUGGACAACUGGAUAGGCUUACAGAUGACCCGAUAAAGGUUUUCUGUUCCAAAGGAGGGUAUGCUGGACAGAAAAUCCGCACCAUAAUGGCGCUGACGGCUAAAGAUAAUGAAUGUGCAGAGGCAGAGUCAGGGAUUGCACAGACAACAAUGGGCAUCUAUGCGAUUCGAGUGGAGGGUGCCAGUCCUGAAGAUGAGAUGUAUGCAGAUGUUGGUGUUGUACUUGGAGGUGUGGAAGUUCUGCAAAAUCUACAAAGUAUCACCUUUGCAAGUGUGAUGCUUUACAGACUGCUUUAUGCACUGAACUUGAGCUACCCCAAGGACCUCAAGUGUACAUUUGAAGUUUUUCAGAAAAUCCUGAUGGAACGGGACACCAACAAGCUCUCGUCAAAAAAAGUGAGUGGGGUGUGUGUUUCAGUCCGUCUUGGGGGUCCGGCUCGGUCCCUGGGCUCGGGCGCUGACAGGCCGUCUUCACGCUCUGUCGAUGGGUUUCACAGCAAGCUGAUCCUUGGCGACAUGGUGGAGAAAACAGCGGAGUCGACUCAGCUGAAGAAGAGUGGGGCAUAG